UUUUCUAGAUGAAAAUAAAUAAUCUUCUGUUAAUAUUUAAAAAAAGUUUUAUUAAAGUUAAUUUUUAUCUUACUCUCCAAUUCGGAAAUUCUAAAGCGCGAUCCGUUUUUUUUUUUUAAGAGAGAUCUGAAAAAUCCUUUCGAAUUGUGAAAAUCUUUGGAGUUUCAGAGAAUUGUUCUCUUCUGGGUUUUAGUUGUAAAGUUUCGAACUUUAUCUUGUCGGAGAUGUUACAGUCUCCACUUGAGUGCUUCAAUGGAAGAAGCUAAAGCUAGGGUUUUGUAGUGAAUCUUCUGCUAAACUAGAGUUUUUCUUUUGAGUAAAGAUGUCAGGAUCUGAGACUGGUUUAAUGGCGACGAGCAGAGAAUCAUCAAUGCCAUUCACGAUGGCUCUCCACCACCAACAACAGCACAAUCAACCUCCUUCUCCGCCGCAAACGCAACAGCAGCAGCAGCAGUCGUCACCACCACCACCGCAGCAGUACCAACACAACUCAGCCGGAGGUGGGAAUCCUGGUUUGAACAUGAACAUGCCUGUGGAGAUGACGGGAAGUGAGCCUGUGAAGAAGAGGAGAGGGAGACCGAGGAAGUACGGUCCGGAACUGGGUUUGGUUCCCGGAGCUCCUUCUUUCACCCAGGCUCAGACGAGCGGCGGCGGUUCCGGCGAAGGAGGGUCGUCUGCGCAGAAGAGGAUGAGAGGACGGCCUCGUGGCUCUAGCAAUAGGAAAAAGCUUCAAGCUUUAGGCUCGACAGGAGUGGGUUUUGUACCUCAUGUACUUACCGUGGGGACUGGAGAGGAUGUAUCAUCAAAGAUAAUGGCGUUUUCUCAGAACGGACCAAGAACUGUGUGUGUCUUGUCUGCAAACGGAUCUAUCUCCAAUGUGACUCUUCGCCAGUUCGCCACAUCCGGUGGAACCGUUACAUAUGAGGGGAGAUUUGAGAUUCUGUCUUUGUCGGGCUCCUUCCUCCUGGUAGAGAACAAUGGUCAUAGAAGCAGGACAGGAGGUCUAAGCGUGACUUUAUCGGCUCCUGAUGGUCAUGUCUUAGGUGGCUGUGUAGCUGGUCUUCUUAUAGCAGCAUCACCGGUUCAGAUUGUUGUUGGGAGUUUCAUACCAGAGGGGCAAAAAGAACUAGCGUCACCGACAUUACUACCGCGUGUGGCCCCAAGUCAAGUACUGAUGAAUCCGAGUAGCCCGCAGUCUCGUGGCGCAAUGAGUGAGUCAUCUAUCGGAGGACAUGGAAGCCCUCUUCACCAGAGCAACACAGGAGGACCUUACAACAACACCAACAAUCCUUCCAUGCCCUGGAAGUAGCCAAAGUGAUAUAUAUCUGUCUUGCUAAAUGAUGAUGAUGAUGAUUCAUACCCUUUAGUUUAGGCUAUUUUAGUUGAGUUUUAAAUAACUUAACAUGCUUUUGUGUUCCGUGGUGUGCUUUAAGAGACCUUGAUUUGUUCAGAAAAUUGGAAUAUCCUGAUUAAUGUAGAUCUUUUUU